AUGCCAGUAGCGAGACCGGAGACAUCGGAUGCUAGAGUUAUCGCUCAUGUCGACAUGGAUUGCUUCUACGUUCAAGUGGAGCAACGGAAGCAACCAGAGUUGCGAGGACUUCCUAGUGCAGUCGUACAGUACAAUGAAUGGCAAGGUGGUGGUUUGAUUGCUGUUAGUUAUGAAGCUCGCAAAUGUGGCGUAAAGCGGUCGAUGAGAGGUGAUGAGGCUAAAGCUGCUUGCCCUGAAAUUCAACUGGUUCAAGUUCCUGUGGCUCGUGGUAAAGCUGACCUCAAUACAUAUCGCAGUGCGGGUUCAGAGGUGGUUUCGAUUCUAGCACAAAGCGGUAAAUGUGAGAGGGCGUCGAUUGAUGAAGUCUAUCUUGACCUCACCGAUGCAGCAGAAACCAUGCUCGCUGCUGCGCCUCCAGAGAGUUUAGAUUCGAUAGACGAAGAAGCUCUUAAAUCCCAUAUUCUUGGAAUGAGCAGAGAGGAUGGAGAUGACUUCAAAGAGAGUGUCCGUGAUUGGAUAUGUCGAAAAGAUGCUGAUCGGCGUGAUAAGUUAUUGGGUUGUGGAAUGAUGAUUGUUGCAGAACUCCGGAAACAGGUGCUUAAGGAGACUGAGUUUACUUGUUCUGCUGGCAUUGCUCAUAAUAAGAUGUUAGCCAAACUUGCUAGUGGAAUGAACAAACCUGCCCAGCAAACCGUUGUACCAUAUUCAGCUGUACAAGAGUUACUCAGUUCCUUGCCAAUAAAGAAAAUGAAACAGCUGGGAGGAAAGCUGGGCACUAGCUUGCAAACUGACUUGGGAGUUGACACUGUGGGGGACUUGUUGCAGUUUUCUGAAACAAAGCUGCAAGAACAUUACGGAGUAAACACUGGUACUUGGUUAUGGAAUAUCGCAAGAGGGAUAAGUGGAGAAGAAGUGCAAGGUCGCCUUCUCCCCAAAAGUCAUGGCUCUGGAAAGACAUUUCCUGGACCUCGUGCGUUGAAGUCACUCUCAAAUGUAAGAACAGAAUAA